AUGAAUCCGCAAUGUUCAAAAUGUAAAGCAGCAAUGAGGAAAUAUAACUACUCCGUCAAAGAGAUAGAACGUAUGAGAAACGACUAUGCUGACUUAAAGAAAGAAGUAGAGAAACCAGCAGAAGAUAAAAUGGACAUGUUAGCAUUUCUGAACAAAAACUAUCCAACAGCUGACGAUUUCCUUCUAUCUGACGUCAAGAAGAAGUAUAAAGAAACUUUCGGCAUUGUUAAAACUUUUGACAUACUGACAGAAGAAAUAGAAGCUACGAAAUUGUUUAGAAUUUCAAAUAUACAUCGUACAAUUCAUGUAAAACGCUUAUAA